GCGUGUCACGGUCUGUUUCCUGUUGUGAGACGCCCCGUCCAGAGCGAGAGGCAGCCUCAGAGUCCAGAGGGUGGAAGUUCGGGACCGCAGGAGCUGCCCCAGGGACGCGAACCGGGGCGCCAUGGGCUGCCCUUGGGGGGCUCUCUCGGCCUCGGGGCUGCUGGUCGCCCUCUGGCUCCUCGCCUCGCCUCCGGGCGCCCAGGUCCUGGCAGCCCUCACCCCGGCCCAGCAAGGAAGUUGUCAACAAUACACAAACAAAACUUGUGAGGAAUGCCUCAAAAAUGUCACAUGUUUAUGGUGCAGCAGCAGCAAAAGAUGCAUGGACUAUCCUGUUCGAAAUAUACUCCCUCCCAGUUCUCUUUGCGAGUUGAGUUCUGCACGCUGGGGGGUCUGUUGGGUGAAUUUUGAAGCCCUGAUUAUUACAAUGUCUGUGGUGGGAGGAACAAUCCUUCUGGCUCUCGUUGUUUGCUGCUGUUGCUGCUGCAGAAAGAAAAAGAGCAGAAAGCCUGAUAAGGAUGAUGAAAAAGCUACCAGGGAGAGAGAACAAAGAAGAGUAAGGCAGGAAGAGAGGAGAGCAGAGAUGAAGUCUAGGCAUGAUGAAAUCCGGAAGAAGUAUGGUUUGUUUAAAGAAGAGAAUCCAUACGCCAAAUUUGAAAAUUGAGAUUUUUUUCUGUCGUACCUGAACAAAAUCUGGCAAUACUGUCCAUGGAACGUGCAGUGUAGCUGCUAAAAGAUCCUGCAAUAUAGAUGACUUAAUUGCCAAUGGGAAAGUGGUCAUAACGCAGGACAAAGCCAAAUGCAACGAGCUGUUAAUAAACAGUCAGAUGAAUGAACAAGCCAACAUACCUCUGAAAAUCCAGAUGGCCUUUCAGGCUGCUGAAAGAUAUUAAAUUGUUGUUCUCAUUGCCUAUUCUGCAGGUGUCUAUCUGUGCUAAUACAGUACCUUGAUAUUACAUGCUAUUUUCUUUCCCAGUCAAGUAUUGAAAAAACUCCUUCAUGAAGCAGGGAGAGGCUUCUCUUCAGUCUUUUCCAUGUUCAACAACAUCUAGCUAUUUUAAUAUAAUGGUGGGAGUAGAUAUCAAUUUUUGUGUUACCUGGAAAUACUAGUUGGGUAGGCUGUAUGAAAGGAAUGCAAGCCUUAAUUCUGCCACUAGAAAAAAGUGCCUGACGUUUUCUAAAAAACUUUUUAUUGGCAGCACAGAUGUUUUUUAUCAUAGGUUUAUGAGGGUUUUCAUUUUUAUAUAUGGAUACUAUUUUUCUUCUGUGCUAUGAGUAUGGCCUUUCCACUCUUCUGUCUUGUAAAACACUUAUUAUCACGUAAAUAGCAGCAAUGAAUGUUGGUGUGAGUGUGAUGUGGCCUUUUAUAUUCAUAUUCAUUAGAUGGUUGUUUGUAUUAUACUUUUGAAGUCUGUCCUAUAUUUAAAUAUUUCUGAAAACCUAGUUGAACUGUUUUAUACAGCUUUGUAAUAUGAAGUUGCCAAAUCCGUCUUGUAUCUGAAGCAAUGCAUAAUCUUGGAAAGAAUGUCUCUAGUAACCAAAUAAUCAAAAGCAUGAAAACAUUUUUUUGAAGUAAAAAAAAAAACCAGAAUGAAACCUUGAGGUUUAUUUUUGCUGCCUGGAAUAAGGGCUAUUGAUGAUAAUCUUUUGGAUUGAUGCAAUAGCCUGUUUUUCAGGCUGUUCUGCGUUUGAGUCCAACACAUUGGAGUCUGAAAUACAUUUUUGUUUAAAGGAGAGAUCAAACCAUGAUAAAAAAAAAUUGUUUAAUGUCAGCUCUUUAGAAGACUAGGUGUUGAUAGCUACCAUGACAAAAUGUUUGGAGGGCAAUAUGGUUGCUUUACAAGAUAACUAAAAUAUACCAAAUUUAUUUUCCAUGGAAUAUUUUCAAUGCUGUGUCUGCCUGAAAAGUAAAUGAAACAAUACGUGGCCAUCUGCACAUAACAUAGUAAAGAAUGUGGCCUGAUAUUGAAAACAUUCAAUAGACGAGUCUAAAGUUGAUGUUGUCAUUCCCCGUGUUUAACCAAGUAUGUUAGUCACUUUAAAGCAUUGUUAAUUAUUAUCCAUUAUAAUCUUAAAUUAUGGUUUGGUUUUGUCAAGGUCACAGAUGAAUGCAGUACUCCUUAAUCUGUUAAAAUAUUUGUUAAAGGGUUUACAUUUGAUGCUGCUGUGUCCACACCCUUAAACAAACAUAUUAGCCACUCUGAAAUAUUGUUAGGUAAUGUUCCAUUAAUAGUCCAUUGUGUAUCUGUUUUGGUUAGUGGCAAAAACACAUGCAGUACAGAGUCUGUGAAGACAUUCGCUCAUCUGCUUGACAGCCUUUUAAGUAAUUUUGCAAAGCUUUCCAGAGUCUUGCCUGAAAAAUCAAACAUUCCAAAAAUAAAGUAUAUUGUACUAUGAAAGCUUUCACAUAAUUUCUUGCCAUAUAAAUAAUUGAAACUGAACUAAAUGUAGCAAAAUCUGUAAAUUAUUUCACUAACAAAAUAAACCAUAUCUUAUACUAA